AGCGCGCAUUUGUGGCCCGAGCUGUGCGGGCGGCCGAUGACUGGGGCGGGGCCUGCGCGGCCUCUGCGACGCGGGCCCGCUCGGUGCUCUUGACGUGCAUCGCCGCGGAUUUGUUGAUGGGGCGCGGCGGGAAGAAGGGCAAGACGAAGGGCAAGGGCAAGGGCAAAAGCAAGGGCAAGGGCAAGGGCUACGCCGAAGACGAUGGCGAACCGAAGACCACCAUCAUGCUCCGCGGACUGCCCCCCAGCAUCACCGGGGAGUUCUUGCUGGAGCGCCUGGACGCGGCGGGCUACAGGGCAAAGUACGACUUCGUCUACCUGCCGGUGGACUUUAACACCCGGCGGGCCCGCGGGUACGCGUUCGUGAACUUUCCGCAGGCGGGAGAUGCCAAGGAGUGCGUAGGAUAUGUCAACAGCUCCCCGCUCGAGUUUCUCGCAGGCUCAGAGACUCCUAAGAAGUGCUCUGCUGGUCUGGCCAUCGUGCAGGGCAAGGUCGCAAACAUCAAGAAACAUUCGCGCUCCUCGAUUGCAGGGUCGGACAUCCCCGACGGCUUCAAGCCCAUGAUUUUCAACGAGGAUGGCGAGGUCGUCCCAACGGACGAGGUGAUCGGCUCUGCAACCACCGGCAGAGAUUGGGAUGACAACGAGGAAGAAUGGUGGGAAGAGGAGGAGGAGGAGGAAGAAGAAGAACAAGAAGAAGAAUGGACGGCGGUGGACGAGGACGAGUGGUGGAAGGAAAACGGCUGGGACCAAGAAGAUUGGACCAAGGAGAGCACUUGGGAUAAGAACGAUUGGAAGGACGACAGCGAAUGGACCGAUUGGAAGGGCUGGAGCGGCAAAGAUUGGACGUCAGGCGCCAAGGCGGAGAAGGAUUGGUCUUCGGCUGUGAGCUCCAGCUCUUGGUCGACUUGGAAAAAGACCACCGAGACGAAUUGGAAGGACGACACUGACUGGAGGCCUCAUGAUCAGGACGACUCGCGGGAGCAGGGUGACACCUGGGCGGCGCGGGGCGCCGAGCCCGGGCCCGCGCAGGCGGAGGGAGGCGGGGCGAAGGGCCGCGACAAGUGGCAGCCUCGCCGGCCGCCCGCCACCGGCACGAAGGAGCCCGCCUGGGAGCCCACCUGGAGCAGCGCGGCAGCCGACAGGCCGUCCGCGCCUGUGGAGGCGAAGCACGACAAGGCGAAGGGCGAGCCGCGUGGCGCCGGCGACGACUCCGCCCCGGCGGGCACCAAGGGGGGCUCCGCGGCGAAGCAGCGCGAGGGCGCGGCCUCCCGCCGGGAGCCCGCCAGAAGCGCCGCGCCCGCCGCGCCGGAGCCCGCCGCGGAGCCGGAGGGGGAGCCGACGGCCGGCUGGGGCAAGCAGGACGGCAGGCCAAAAAUUGACAAUGGGGAGCUGGACGCCGCCAUCGCCCCCGAGUUGGCCUGGCUCCAGGAGACCCCGGAAGUUGAAGGAUUACAGGUGCAUCGGCUGCCAGAAGUCGUUUCGCAAAUGGCUGGCCUGCCUCCAGCACAUUCGCGAGAACGCGGUCUGUCGCGAGGCCACCAAGGGUCUGGACCCAGAGGCCCUGCAGGCGAGGUGCACCGACCGCACCGCCGUGCCAGGGCAGCUGCUGCAGUGAGGGGGCCACCUCCUCCUCGUCCUCCUCCUCCUCCUCCAUCCCAUUUCCUUCUGGAAUCUCAUCAUCGCUUGUGGUUUGGGCUGCCCAUAGGCGUAGACCCAGUUGACGCGUGCGCCCUCAGAGCGUGCGGCAUUGAACUGUUGGCAGCAUUGUGGCGUGCCGAGUUGGCAACGUGGCACUUUAACAGCCCUUUGAACGUGCAGUCUCAGGGGGGGAG